GGGGGAGCAGGCAAAGGGUCUUUUCCUGUCGUGGGAGGAGGGGGCGCCUGGGAAGAUCCUUUUUCCCUGCAAGAAGAAGAAAGUGUGUGCACCAUGGAGGGGUGAGCAUGGAGGGGCUGCAGGGAGAGGGGGCGGAGGAGGAAGUGGGGAAGGGGUUCAGGAGGAAAGGGGCACCCCCAUAGCUCCCCCCUCCCCACCCUUUGGAUCCUGGCACAGCAGGAUUCUUCCCACUCAGCUCCGUCUAGAUCUGGAAAAGGAGGCAGGACCCCUCUAUGGAAGGAAGGAAAUAUAUAGGUACAGAUGCAGAUCUAUAUAUACCUAGGUAAAGUGGGUCAUCUAGCAUUGUAUUGUCAACACUGGCUGGCAGCAGCUCUCCAGGGUUUCCGGCAGGGGGAAUUCCCAUUAUCAACAUUCAGGAGAUAGAUAGAUAGAUAGAUAGAGCCUCUUGAAUAUGGUAUACAGUGCUUUUUUUUCUUUAAAAAUGUUAAGGGGUACACUCAUUUUGACUCCAGAAAAUCACCAUUUUAUAGUUCAAAUCAGGAAAAAUACAGUAAAUGGACAAGAGUACAUAGAUUCACAAAAUGUUUAGGGGUAUGCCUGCAUCCCCCCAGAAAAAAGCACUCUGUGUGUGUGUGUGUGUGUGUGUGUGUACCCGAAACGUUCCUGUUCACCCAGGCAUUUGAUGGCUGAAAAGAUGCUGCUCCUCACAGCCUUGAAAUUAUUAUCAUAUAUAUAUAUAUAUAUAUAUAUAUAUAUAUAUAUAUUCCAUGAGGGUGGCUCACAUGUGACUCUUUAAAAGUAUUUUAGGUGUGCUUAGGUUGGUUUCUUUAGAUGCUCAAAACGUUUUGAUUGUUAUCUUGGAUUGUUUGCUCCUGUUUGUGGCCCCAGGCUCCUUUGAGAGGAAAGGCGGAAAUUUACUACAUACAAAGAAGAAAAAGGGCCAGGGACCAUGACAUUUUCACUGGCGUAUGGUUGCAAAGGCUUCGUGGACACUGUUUACCCCCCCCCCCCCAAAAAAAUAUCCUGGGAAUGUAGUUGCAUAGCUACAGUUCCCAGCACUCCUAAGAAACUACAGUUCCCAAGAUUCUUGAGGGGAAGACAUGUGCUUUAAAUGUAUGGUGUGGACUUAGUCUCUCCCUUAUUAAUAGGUGAUAGUAUUAAAACUACAAAAGAGUAAAAAAAUGCAGAUUUUUUCAGUAUAACUCGCAUGCAGUUACCAUUUUUUAGCAUACGUAAGUGGCUGCAAUAUUAGAGCUUUCUCUUGUGAAUGCAUUUUCUCUUUUGUUUCUACCCUUUUCAUUCUCUAGGCAGAAGCUCAGGAUGCCUAUCGAUUUGUUCUAGAGUUGUCCGUAACGUGCCCUUACGUUUGUGAAGCCACUCGAGAAUGAAAAUGGGGAAUCAAGACACCACAGGCGACACGUUGCAGGAGGCGCCAGGGAGAAAAGGGAAAAGCGCAGGUUUCCUCCAGGAUGGGAGCAUCAAGGAAUUCUUGCAUAGGUUUCCAGGAGGGCAAGUGAAGCAGGAGCCAGGCGAGGAGCCGACAGAAGCCCCAUGGCAGGAGCUCCUGAAGAAAAUGGAGUUGCCUCGGUCCGAGUGGGAGAAGCCACAGUUGCCCGAGGAGCCGUUGGACGACGCAAAGUCUUUCCUGGCCUCUUUCGAACGAGUGGCCAAAACCUGCCGGUGGCCCAGGGAAGAAUGGGCGGCCCGAAUCCUGCCGGCCCUCAUGGGAGAUGCUGAGCAGGACUUCAGUGGGCUGGAAGGCAAAGACAAAGAGGAUUAUGGGAAAGUGAAGGCGGCCAUCUUGAGAGCGGAGGCCAAGAACAGGGAAGAGCAACGUCAACGUUUCAGAUGCUUCUGCUACCAGGAGGCCGAGGGGCCCAGAGGGACGUACCUACGGCUCCGGGGACUUUGCUACGGGUGGCUGAAGGUGGAGAGGCUCUCAAAGGAGCAGAUCCUGGAGCUGCUGAUCCUGGAGCAGUUCCUGGCCAUCCUGCCGCCCGAGAUGCAGAGCUGGGUCAAAGAACAAGGCCCACAGGCUUGUCCCCAGGCGGUGUCGCUCGCAGAGGAUUUCCUGCUGAGGCCAGGAGAGGCCAAGGGGCAGGAGAAACAGGUGACACCCAUGGGUUGCAAUCUUUGUGUGCGGCAUAGAGCUAUUUUUAAAAUAUUUCUUACUACUACAUUACUACUGCCAUGGUCAAAGGCAGUAUGUUUCUGAAUACCAGUUGCUUGAAGCCACAAGUCAUGCUUGGGGGCUUUCCUUGGGGGUGUCUGGCUAGCCAUUGUGAUAACUUGAGUCUCCAGCUGUUUUUGGACUACAAUUCCCAUCAUUCCUUGCCACUGGUCUUGCUAGCUAGGGACGAUGGGAGUUGUAGUCCAAAAAUAGUUGGCGACUCAAGUUUGGAAAACACUGCCAAGCAACGGUGGCUUUGACCCUUAGGUCAAUUUCCUUUUUCAUCAAUAUGGAGCCCCAUGGCUUGAAAUAUCUGUUUUGAUUGACAGGAGUCCCUGAAGAUGGUCGAGUCUCCUCACUCAGGCUGGAAAAUGCCACAGUGGUCAGAGGAGCCCGCGCCAUGGGAUGACAUGAAGGUCUUCCUGGCCUCCUUUGAGCAAGUGGCCCAAGCCUGCCGGUGGCCCCCGGAAGAAUGGGCAGCCCGGCUCCUGCCUGUCUUCAGAGGAGAAGCCGAGAGGACCUUUAGCAGCCUGGAGGCCGGAGACAAAGGGGAUUAUGGGAAGGUGAAGGCAGCCAUUUUGCGACAGGACACCAUCAGGAGGGAGAAGAACCGCCAACACUUCAGGCACUUCUGCUACCAGGAGGCCGAGGGGCCGAGAGGGGCUUACUGUAGACUCCAGAAACUUUGUAGAGGGUGGCUGGCGGUCGAAGGACACACCAAGGAGCAGAUCCUGGAUCUGCUGGUCCUGGAGCAGUUCCUGGCUGUCCUGCAGCCGGAGAUGCAGAGCUGGGUCAGGGGACAGGACCCGGAGACCUGCUCCCAGGCGGUGGCCCUGGCCGAGGAGUUCCUGCUGAGGCGGCAAGAGGCCGAGAGAGAGGAGAAACAGGUGAAACUAUUUCCCUAUGUGCAACACAGGGCCAGGGAUGAGAGAGAAGUAUAGCUUGAGGUUGUUGAUGGACUGCGCCUUGUGCCUCAUUUUCCUUGGCUGUAAUAAUAAUAAUAGUAAUAAUAAUAAUAAUAAUAAUAAUAAUAAUAAAAAUUUAUACCUCGCCCAUCUGGCUGGGCUUCCCCAGCCACUCUGGGCAGCUUCCAGCAAAAUAUUAAAAUACCAUAAUACAUCAAACAUUAAAAGCUUCCUUAAACAGGGCUGCCUUCAGAUGUCUUCUAAAAGUCUGGUAGUUGGUGUCUUUGACAUCUGAAGGGAGGGCGUUCCACAGGGCGGGUGCCACUACUGAGAAGGCCCUCUGCCUGGUUCCCUGUAACUUCUCUUCUCGCAGUGAGGAAACCACCAGAAGGCCCUUGGAGCUGGACCUCAGUGCCCGGGUAAAACGAUGGGGGUGGAGACGCUCCUUCAGGUAUACUGGGCUGAGGCCGUUUAGGGCUUUAAAGGUCAGCACCAAUGGUUUGAAUUGUGCUCAGAAACGUACUGGAAGCCAAUGCAGAUCUCUCAAGACCGGUGUUAUAUAGUCCCGGCAGCUGCUCCCACUCACCAGUCUAGCUGACACAUUCUGGAUUAGUUGUAGUUUCCGGGUCACCUUCAAAGGUAGCCCCACAUAGAGCGCAUUGCAGUAGUCCAAGCAGGAGAUAACUAGAGCAUGCACCACUCUGGCGAGACAGUCUGCGGGCAGGUAGGGUCUCAGCCUGCAAACCAGAUGGAGCUGGUAAACAGCUGCCCUGGACACAGAAUUGACCUGUGCCUCCAUGGACAGCUGUGAGUCCAAAAUGACUCCCAGGCUACGCACCUGGUCCUUCAGGGGCACAGUUACCCCAUUCAGGACCAGGGAGUCCUCCACACCCACCUGCCUCCUGUCCCCCCAAAACAGUACUUCUGUCUUGUCAGGAUUCAAUCUCAAUCUGUUAGUCGCCAUCCUUGAAGGCCAAGUUAGGUGCAAUGUUUCUUGUGGAAGCACCCGACGUUUUUUGCGGAAGCACCCAAGUCUGAAAGGAUUGCUCUUAUUCUUACUCUUAAGCAUAAAUAAGAAUAAAAGAAAAUGAUUAUAAAUUAUUUUGGAGAUGGUAUUUAAUGCCAGUCAAAUUAAAUCAAAUAAACAAGGAAUAUUCGGUUUUAUAUUGGAGGGGAUGCCAGGAAACCGGGAAUUAUGUUCACAUGCGGUGGGGGUGUAAAUAUGUACAUUUUUUUUGCCAAAGGGUGUUUAACAGAAAUCACUGGGUUAAAGCUGACCGAAAGUCCAGAGGUAGCAUUAUCAUCAAUUUACAAUGGAAUGGAAGGUUCGCAGGCUAUGAAGGACUUGCUCACAAAUUUAUUGACAGCUGCAUGCACUAUUAUAGCUAGGAAGUGGAAGGGGCAAGGUGAAUAUAAAAUGGAAGAAUGGUAUGAAGAGGUGUGGGAUAUAGCUAUUAAUGAUAAAUGAACAUGUGCCAUUAAGGUAAGACGGGGAAUACGCAGGAGAAAUGAUUUUGAGGAGAUAUGGAAGGUGUUUGUAGAAUUUGUACUGUUAAAACAGAAAGGGGUCAAACCAUCGCAAGAGGUGUUGAAAUUUUGGGAGGUUGGAUAGUUCCAAUGGAAUGGUCUCAGUGGUGGGGUGCACAUUUUUAUUCUUAUUUAUUUAAGAUUAUUUCUUUAUUAAAAUAAAAUUAAAAAUUAAAAACAGGCUCCAUAAUGUAAAAAAAAAAAGAGGGAUUGCUCUCUGCUGUUGCAGGUGGCAUUGGAGGAGGAGGAGGAAGAAGAUGCAAAUUUCUCGGAUGCAGGGCAAUCUCCGUGGGACUCCGAAGAGGGGCACCUGUGUGUGGUAAUCAAGCAGGAAGUUGAGGAUGGAGAGGCCAGUCCGUGUGGUGAGGAGACAUAUGCCUUUCUUUGAGCUCGAGUCCUUGCCUGGGUUAAGCCCAGCUGAGGCUCCUCCAUAUUCCCAGGUCCCUGAUGGGCCUCUAGUCUGAUCCAGCAGCCCUUUUCUAACAUCCUUUUCCCGUUGCCAGUUCUGAAUGGCUAAGAUUCAACUGCCCAUAUAGAAUAUCCUAUUAUUAUUAUUAUUAUUAUUAUUAUUAUUAUUAUUAUCUGAGGGUGUUAGCACUACCAACAGGGCUCCAUUUUCUGCUCGCAGCACACAAGAGGGUCUGUAGGGAAAGAGGUAGUCUAGUCAAUGUUAUUCUUUCAAGAAUAGUGGGAAAGUAUACAACAACAACAACAAUUUAUUAUUUAUACUCCACCCAUCUGGCUGGGUUUCCCCAUCCACUCCCAACAGAAUAUUAAAAACACGAUAAAACUUCAAACAUUAAAAACUUCCCUAAACAGGGCUGCCUUCAGAUGUCUUCUAAAAGUCAAGAUAGUUGUUUAUUUCCUUGACAUCUGACAGGAGGGCGUUCCACAGGGCAGGCGCCACCACCAAGAAGGCCCUCUGCCUGGUUCCUUGGGCUUCACUUCUCACAGUGAGGGAACCACCAGAAGGCCCUCAGUGCUGGAUCUCAGUGUCCGGGCUGAAUGAUUUUAUUUCUACUUUUUUAUUUAUUUCUACUAUAUAUUUUGGAAAGUUGUUUAUCCUCUACCGAUCUGGACACAUUUGGAUAUCACAGCCAAAUUUUGCGCAAAAUUCCUGCAAGGACAGAGCAGGGUGUUGUGCAUGGACACCAUCUUGAAUCAAGAUGGCGGGCUGAACCUUUCAAAAUGGCACCUUCGGCAUUUCUGAGCAAUGCCGGGUACAUAGGCUUCUGGUAAAUAAAAAUAAAAUAAGAUUCAACUGCCAAUCCAGUCAGGCUGUGUUACAUGGAGUUGGGGCAGCGGCAUCUUUUCCUCGUCUCCACUUCUCUGCCCACUUAUCUGGGAGUAAGUCCUACUGAACGCAACAGGUCUGAGUAGACAUGUACAAGACUGCACCCUUAAUUUGGUUUUAGGCACUACUUGAAUACUCUCAGCUUUUUAUUCCAUUGUUGUUUGUUGUUGUUUCUCGGGCUGUGCGCACACCAUACAUUUAAAACUCAUUUCCCCCUCUCCAAAUCACCCUGGGAACUGUAGUUUGUAUCUCUCGCAGAGCUACAAUUCACAGCACCCUUCGCAAACUACAGUUCCUGUGUGCUUCAUUGUAUUUCAUGUUUUGCCACUGCUUUCUGCCUUGAGCUCUCUUGGCAGAAGAAAAGAUGAGAUACAAAAGUUUUAAAUUAAUAAAAUGAAGGCAUUUCUCUUCCUCCAAAGAAGACUGGGCUGUGAAAGGAAUCGUGGUGGAGGAAGGCCUCGAGGUGGAAGGCAGUCUGAGGUGCUCUCCAGGAGGAUUUCAAGAGCUGGCUGAGAGUUGUUUAUUUGUUUAUAUCUUUCUAAAAGCAAUGAUACCGCUUAGCAGAAUAAAAAUCUCUAAGCAGGUUAUGUAGGGAUCUCCAUUGUUGUGUUUACUGGGCACACGGCACCUUCGAGCCGCCGCUCACCCCGCCACCCUCUUUCCCACUUCCUCCCAGGCUGAGAAAAGAGAUUUAAACCUCUUCACCCAUCCCAGUCCCAUUUGAUAUUUUCACGACUGCAAGCCAAACUGGUGGGUUCAGGGGGCAGGGCAGGCCCCUGUGCUGAGCAUUACCCACCUCUGGUACCAGCCAAUAAAAGUUGGUACGGGUGGGAAAUUUGUGGCCUUCGAGAAAUGGUUGGGUUUGGCCUCCCAUCAACCCAGUAUAGCCAAAAGGGAAAUAAUGGGUCUAAUAACUGUUCCAGGUAACCAGUACUUCCACUGGGUAAGAUUUCUCUCUUUCUCCCACCAGUAGAUAUGUGCAAGACUGAAAAUGAGGAGGAACCAAGCGAAGCGUCUGUGGAAAGAUUUGAGGAUGCCGCGAAUACGUGCCCCGUGUGUGGGAAAAACUUCAGCUGCAAAUCGGACCUUAACAGACAUCAGAGAACUCACACAGGAGAGAAACCAUUUCGAUGCUUUGAGUGCGGAAAGAGCUUCAGUCGGGGCGACUACCUUAUUUUGCACCAAAGGCUUCACAGAGGGGAGAAACCCUAUAAGUGCUCAGAGUGCGGGAAGGGCUUCUAUCGAAGCACACGCCUUAUUUCACAUAAGAGAAUCCACCUAGCAGAGAAGCUGUAUAAAUGCUCCGGCUGCAGCAAGAGCUUCUGUGACCAGUCCAGACUUAUGCAACAUAAGAGGACGCAGCACUCAAGCGAGAGGCCGUAUAAAUGUUCAGAGUGCGGAAAGAGCUUCAUUCGGAAAGCACACCUUACUAGACAUCAAAGAAUCCACACAGGCAAGGUACUAUACAAAUGCUUAGAGUGUGACAGGAGCUUCAGUUGUAGCAAGCAUCUUAUUUCACACCAAAGAAUCCACACUGGAGAGAAGCCGCAUAAAUGCCCAGCGUGUGGGAAGAGCUUUAAUUUCAGCGGGAACCUUACUUCACACCUGAGAAUGCAUACAGGAGAGAAACCAUUUGAAUGCUCCGAGUGCGGGAAGACUUUCAGUCGGAGUGCCCACCUCACCUUACAUCAGAGAACCCACACGGGGGAGAAGCCAUACAGCUGCUUGGAGUGCGGAAAGAGCUUCAGUCAGAGCAGCAACCUUACUUCCCACCAGAGAAUCCACACAGGGGAGAAGCCUUAUAAAUGCUCAGUGUGUGACAAGAGCUUUGGCCGGGGUGACUCUCUUAUUUCCCAUCAAAAAACCCACGUGGCAGAAACCAUAUAAGUGCCCAGAGUGUGGAAAGAGCUUUUUGCCAAAAGCACGCACCUUAUUUCACACAAGAAAAUUCACAGACGAGGGAGGAACCGCAGGAAAAAUGCUGUGCCGUCAACGCUUGGAACUGGGAAACGGCUUUGGCAAAAAGACAACUCUUGCUACACCACAAAGAAUACACAACUCUGAAAACCAUCUGCUUGUUCUCAUUUGCUCCACUGAAACAUACAUAGUGAAUAAAAUUAGAAAAGGUUUAUCAACGGAUAUAACCUUUAUUAUAGUGUUGAGCAGAGCUUUCCAGACUUUUCACGUUGGUGACACACUUUUUAGACAUGCAUCCUUUCGUGACACAGUAAUUCAGUUUUGCUAGCAAACCGGAGGUUAAACUAACCCCUUUCCAGCCCCGGGAGGUGUGUGGGGAACGUUUGUGCAACACAACUACACACCACAGCUGACUCACUGAAAUAUCGCAACACACAGUUUGGAAAGCUCUGGUACAGAGAGAGACAGGACUAGUUUUUGCCUUUCCCAAGGUCUCUUGGAAGCCAGAGAGACACUAUAUUGCGGCCUAAAGUGAUUUGAAUUGGGUCAUCUGAAAUCCUUAGUUGGGGGGCAAGCCUUCAGUUGACUGUCCAAACUAGAUUUGGGCCUUCUGUCCUGGAAACUGAGAACACUGUCAUGGAACAAGGAGGCAUAUCUACAGUUACUGAGGGUAGGGUGGGCGGGGACCAAUAUUACAAAGUUCAGGUACCUUUGUGAAAUAGCUUCGCAAGUACGGCACAUUAAACAGGUUUUAACGAAGUACGAUUAGCCUUGUUCUUGUUGAUAGCUGUUAGUGUGGUGGUCUGAAGAGUCUACAGGUUUGGGAGGCUCAUAAAGGUGAGCUCCCGUUGCUCUGUCCCAGCUCCUGCCAAGCUAGCAGUUUGAAAGCACACCAGUGCAAACAGAUAAAUAGGUACCACUGCGGCGGGAAGUAAACAGCAUUUUCAUGUACUCUGGUUUCUGUCUUGGUGUUCCAUUAAGCCAGAAGCAGUUUAGUCAUGCUGGCCACAUGACCCAGAAAGCUGUCUGUGGACAAACGCCGGCUCCCUCAGCCUGAAAGCGAGAUGAUCACCACAACCCCAUAGUCGCCUUUGACUGGACUUAACCAUCCAGGGGUCCUUUACCUUUACGAAUCCUUGGAAUAUCGAGGUAGGAAAAGACUCCUGGAGAGAAUUUCUCGAGAGCCACAAUCUCUCAUAACAUUGUCCUUGAUGAGUCUGGAGAACUCGAAAGCUUCGUUAUGUUUCGUGACAUUUUUGGUUGGUCCUAAUAAAAAAGUUUCGCUCA